AUGGACAAAACUGACGUGGCGCGCCAGGCAUGCACCGUACCUGCCACUCGCUGCGCUCAUGUUUCUGUCGAAUUCCUCACCGUUAAGUCGGUGGAAAGCGAGCUUACUUCAUCUAUCCAACGUUUGUCGCCAACUAAUAAAGGUCCCGAGCUCUAUAAACACUACUCUUUGGAUUACAUUGAAUUAUGCCAGUCCAUAAGGACCGAGAGGCAAAUGCUGCAACGUCACCUGUUCCAUUGGCCACCUCGAACCAAAUCGCGCGAGCAUCAACUAAUUCGCUGUCGCUUUCAUUUCCAUCUCUUCCCUCAUCGCAAUUACUAUGAUACUUAUAAAUAUAGCCAGAAGCAGCAGCCCCAUAUUAAUCUUCAUCAGCGUCUUGAGUAUUGGCCGCGAUUUCUUCGUUAUCUUUUACCAUCUGUUCAUUCUACUGAAGACCAGUUUGUUGACCACCUCCCAAUUUAUUAUUCAUUGCUUAAUCAGGCCCUUCAUACCAUCCAAUUCCUUUCACUCUUAUUCUUGCUUCUUUUGCUGGACCAACGCCAAUGCUCUUAUUGCUUCCAAUGCCCUCUCCGCCAGUUCCAAUCAUACUCACCUGUCCACCACGCCACAGACCCUUUCAUUUCUCCCAGCCUGGUUGACUGGAAGCAUUUUUCUUUUGAAAACCCAGUCUCUUUAUACAGCGGACAAAACCUGCAUGUCUUUCCUGUGGCCAAAGGCCCCACCCAUUUUGUAUCAAUCCGAGGUCUUACUUUUCACUCCACUCUCGUCCCAUUCUCAAAUUCUGUCCCACAGUCAUUUCUUUACUGCCACGGAAGUAAAUACCCUGUUUGGCCUUGUCACUUAAAUAUAAAAUUGUCGUUUUAUUUACGAGAUGAGACCAAAUCAUAUGAACAGGACCCCUUUUGUGGUCGAGGCGAGCAGAGCCAAGUGAAAAGCCAACACUUUCCUAUCAACAGGAGUGCUGUCCAUUUAGUUGACAAAUUUCGAAGGUCAUCACAGAAAUGGCGUGGGUCGGCUCCGCUUAUUCUGACACUAGGUGGGCAGAAUCGGAUGAUGGUGAUAAUAAUGGAUUGGAUAAGUAUCUACCUUUUGGAUGGUUUGUCUUCCAUGCGUUGGCAAUAUCGACGGCGGCGGAAGUCGCCAAUCAAAGGAUUUCACUGCUUCUUCCUUCGAUUCCUCUUUGAUCUUAGUCAGCAUAUCGAAAUAGCAGCUAUAAAUCUCUGUGUAUUUUUAAGCCUUUGCUUCAAAGCUUUCCUUAGAGAUAUCCUCUUCGAACAUAUUUGCCACCAUUAUUUGAUCUCUCUUACAAUAUUCCUACUUCAAUCAAUUUACGCUUCCUGUUUCCCUUAUGCCUUGGACUAUUUGUCCUUCUGUUGCUUCCUAUUCAUCUUUUCUUCAUUUCUUAAUUUCCACUUCAAAUCUCGACAUAAGCAAUCUUCUUUCGGAAACUGUUUUCCUUAUUCUCUUCUGUGUUCCUCCAGACUAAGUAACCCACCUCUUUCAAGUUCUCAUUUUCAAGGUAAUAGAUUUAAUAUAACCGGAUUUAUUCAGCGACGUCCGUGCAGUCCUUGCAGAAAUUCGUGGGUUGGAGCGUUAUUUAUUGAUCUACCAAAGCAACUCUUGCAGCAGAGGAAAGUGCAAAAACAAUGGGGCGUUGGAAAUUACCGCCCUGCAAAUCCAUCCUGCCUAUCAAAGCUACUUUUGUUGCUACUUUGGCUGCCUCUCGUCGUCAGCAUGAGCCUCGGCAUACCUUUCGUAGAGGAUGCUACCAAAAGAUCCACUCUGCCGCUGGUCUUAGCCGAGGCUCAAACUUCCUUGCGAGCCAACAAGACUCAGCCAGUUGAAUUCCCGCCAUCACUUUCACAAGACGAAAAUCAUUUGACUAAAUCUAUUAACCAACCACAACUGAUUGCCAAUCCGAUGGAGGGCACCGGUGCUGCUGAGGUUGAUCGUGAGUACGAUUUACCUCAGACUGUAGCUGAGCCUGUAGAUGGUUCCAGUACCAAUCGGCCCGACUUACCCUCCACACGGGCCAGCUUGAUACACACCCGUCCUACCCCCAUGCAGCCAUAUGGACCCUCAACUUUGUUCACUUACAUCGGUGCUGUCGUCGCCUUAGGAAUGCUUAUUGUCACAAUCGCCUUUGUGAGUCACACUCGUUAUGUUGUUAUGUUCGCUUGUAUAUAG